AAACAUUCCCAGAGGCAAGUCUGCUCUUGCAAAGCAGGGCUGGAUUGGAACUGCCAGUGUGUGAGUACUGUAUGUACCGGAAGUAUCCACCCAUCCCUUUCAUUCCUGACUCUCUGAGCAAGUUUAAACCUCAAAGCCAACCCCAUGAAAACAUCCAGGUGAGAUCAAAUCAGUAAGCAUCGACACAAGGCCAGCUGGGACAUUCUGACCCAGGACAGGGCAUCUCUGUGUCAAAGGUUCAGAUCAUUAAGAGCUUCAUCCCACUAAAGAACUCUUCCAUGUCCCUCAGCCGCCUUCAUCCUCUCCUUCACCUCUAAGGCAGCAGUGAUGAACUGGAAUACAUUGGAGGGAUUAAUCGGUGGGGUCAACAAGUAUUCCACCGCGUUUGGCCGGAUCUGGCUCUCCAUGGUCUUCAUCUUCCGGGUGUUAGUGUUCGUGGUCGCGGUCCAACGAGCGUGGGGCGACGAAAUGAAGGACUUUACCUGCAACACGGCCCAGCCGGGCUGCACUAACGUGUGCUUCAACUUCAUCUUCCCCAUCUCCCAUGUCCACCUGUGGGCCCUGCAGCUCAUAUUCAUCACCUGUCCGUCACUGAUGGUGGUAGGCCACGUCCAUUAUCGCGAGAAGAAAGACUUGGAGUACUCCACCAUGCACAAUGGUGCCCAUCUGUACGCCAACCCUGGGAGGAAACGUGGGGGGUUGUGGUGGACAUACCUGGCAAGUCUGAUUUUGAAGGCAGGCCUUGACGCUGGCUUCCUCUACAUCCUGUACUACGUUUACAAAGGCUACGACAUGCCCCGUCUGUCCAAGUGCUCCCUGGAGCCAUGCCCCAACACUGUGGACUGCUACACAUCGCGUCCCACUGAGAAGAAAAUCUUCACCAUAUUCAUGGUUGUCUCCUCUGUUCUCUGCAUCUUGAUGUGUAUCUGUGAGAUGAUUUACCUCAUCUUCAAGCGUUUGCUGAAAGCCUUUAGUAUGAAGACGCAAGCACGGAGGAUGUCAGCAGAAAAUCACGAGAUGACGCCACUGACAGCAUCCAGCUCAGGGUUCAGAUCCAAAAAACCGAUCAGAGUGGAUCCUACAGUCUCCAUCCAAAAUCUCAAUAACAUCGCGACUGAGGAGUGGCCAUCUAAGAAAAUGUGAUGUGAAAUAUGGCAGCAGCCAUGUUGGAAAAACUGAACAAAGUUUCGAAGGGGCCACUGCAAGCAAAGGCAUUAAUCAGACUUCUGAGGCAGGGUUUUUAGGAACUCAGACCAAAUGCAUGCAGAUAAACCCCU